GAGAGAGAGGGAGAGAGUCCCUUGUUUUGCUUUUUUUUUUUUUUUUUUUUUUUUUGGUCAUUAAAGAGUAAGGGACAGCCCUUAAUUAAGGGCUUUUCCCUUCUCUUUCUUCCUCGGUUCCCACCCCCUUCCCCUAAGGGAUGCCUUAAGGGACCUCCAAUACAGAUGCCCUAAAGCCCAAAUUAAGACGAGUCUUUAAUUUAAUCAAUAGAUUUCUCUCUCACUGAAACAUCUCUCUGGAUUUUAUUUAUAAAUACGCUUACGCUUCAUCUUCUUUAAUCCACAAAACUCUUUAUCUCUCACACACAUACACACUGUAUUCUCUUCCCCUUAUUACAGAAAAAUGGAACUGUCGACUCAGAUAAAUGUGUUCGAAGAGCUUCUUGUUCCGACAAAGCAAGAAACCACCGACAACUACAACUACAAUACCAGCAUCAACAACCUGAGCUUUAAUGGCGGAUUUGAUCAUCAUCAGUUAUUCUCAAAUGGAUGGAACAUUGAUUACCUCUGUUUCGACAAUGAAGAAGAAGACGAAAAUACUCUUCUGUACUCAUCUUCUUUCAUGGACCUAAUCUCUCAACCUCCACCGUUGCUUCUUCACCAAACACCACCUUUACCACCACCCUCAUCUUCAUCUCCGCCGUUAAUCUCCUCCACGGCCUCAACAUUCGAUGACCCUUUUCUUGAGGCCCUACAAGAGAUUAUAGACUCUUCUUCCUCUUCACCACCAGUGAUGCUUCCAACUUCCCAAGAAGAGAGCUUCAUUAAUCACUCGUCGUAUCCAUCUCCACUGGUGGAGUCUGAUCAGAGCAAAAGCUUCAGUGUUGGAUACUGUGGAGGAGUAGUAGAGACAACAAACAAGAAGAACAGCAAAAAACUUGAAGGCCAACCUUCAAAGAAUCUCAUGGCGGAGAGACGUCGAAGAAAACGGCUUAACGAUCGUCUCUCUAUGCUCAGAUCCAUUGUUCCAAAUAUCAGUAAGAUGGACAGGACAUCGAUACUAGGGGAUGCCAUAGAUUACAUGAAGGAGCUUUUAGACAAAAUCAACAAGUUACAAGACGAGGAACAAGAACUCGUAGUUAGCAACAGUUCACAUCAUUCUAAGCUCUUCGGUGAUAUCAAGGAUCUUAAUACAAACGAACCUCUGGUCAGAAACUCACCAAAGUUUGAAGUGGACCGGAGAGACCAAGAUACUCGGGUUGAGAUACUUUGCUCACCCAAACCGGGAUUGCUUCUAUCAACUGUUAAUACACUAGAGACUCUAGGCUUGGAGAUUGAACAAUGUGUUAUUAGCUGCUUUAGUGAUUUCUCUUUGCAUGCUUCUUGUUCCGAGGUAGCUCAGCAGAGAGAUUUCAUCAACUCCGAAGAUAUUAAGCAAGCAUUGUUUAGAAACGCAGGUUAUGGAGGAAAAUGCUUGUAAGGAGUUAUUAUGACGAAAUUAAUGAACCAACAUACUAUUUAUUUAAUGCUUUCAAAAAAUUAGAAGUUUGGUGUCUAUUUCCAUUGCGAGCUUGAAUUUUCUAGGGGGAAAACAUUAUGAGUUGUUAAAAGAAGGAAAGAAAAAGAUAUUUUCUUGGAGAUUAGAUUUGUAGAUGGAGGUUAUAACCUUAAUUAAAAGUUCAAGAUCGAAAAGUGUAAUGAUGUAUCAAUGAAUAAAAUAUUGAUUAAUAAAAGGUAAAAGUUUAUACUGAA